AUGCCGCGCCUUGCCACAAUUUUAGGAGACAUCCCGGACAUCCCAUUGAUACCAUCUGAUGCGAUGCGUGACCAUCACAUGAGAAUGGAAUCCGAGGCCCUCCGACAGCACGCGGCGCGCCUUGAAAAAAUGGACUUGAGCGACUACGACGCGGAGGAGGCCCAGGCCGAAGGCGAGGGAGCGAUAUGGCUGGAGCCGGAACCCUAUCGUCCCCCCAUGGAAGACGACCCGCUCGUGCGCGCGGCGUUCGAGGGAGAUCUCGAGACGCUGACGAGACUCGCGGAGCGAGGCGACCCCACCUCGAACCCGCCGCGCCCGCCGUACGUGGUUCCGACCGAACCCACGAAAGACCCAAGAACAAUCCAAAUCGGAGGAGUCACCAGAACCGUGCACCGCCAACCCUCGAGGGAACGCCGCGUCUUCUCGAACGCGUGCACCGCCGCAGCCGCGGCGGGCCAUCGCCGAGCGCUCGAAUGGCUCCUCGAUCACGGGUGUUCGCCGCGAACGGGGACGUGCGACACGGAGACGUGCGCGAAAGCAGCCAUCUUCGGGCACCUCGACGUGCUUCAGUUCGCGCCCGCGGAGAACGGCCAGCUCGCCUGCCUCGAGUGGUUGCACGAGAACGGCUGUCCGUGGGACUAUCGCACGUUAAAAUACGCGUCGGAGCGAGGACAGUUUGACUGCGUGAAGUACUACUGCGAAAACGGCGGAUCGUUAGAGACCGUGGGCGGCAACGGAGGGGCUUGCGCGCAAGCCUCGCAGCACGGUCACCUGAAGAUCCUCAAGUACCUCCGCUCCAAGGGAUGCCAGUGGGAUAUCCUCUCGCCCGUGUACGCCCAUCAACAUGGCAAGGAAACGACGUUCAAGUGGAUAGUCGCGCAACCAGACUGUCCGGAAUUCGAAGAACGAGACCUUCAGUCUUGGUGGAACACUUCGCACCCAGACAACUGUGGAGCUUGA